AGCAUUUUGAAAUGCAUGCUUUUCUUCCCAACCGUGCUCUGCAUUGUUUACAUCAUAGUAACAUUUGUGCGCCUCUUCAUAGGAUUCCUCCCGAUGGACAAGUGUAAUUUGGAAAGUUCAACAAAGCUGAUCCUUGAUAAUAGAGCAGAUAUCAGCCUGGAUCUUAGGUCUCGUCAUAAAGUGCAAACAUGCACAUCUUGGAGAGCUCCCAUCAUUUGGGAAGGAAUGUUUGACCCUCAACAUUACGACCAAAUCCACAGAAAAGAAGGAUCCUCUGUCGCUUUGACAGUAUUCGCAGUAGGCAGGUAUUUGGAAGCCUACCUUGAGACCUUCCUGAUGUCAUCAGAGCAUUACUUCAUGUUGGGUCUACCUGUGUCGUACUACGUGUUUACAGACAGGCCUGAGAACGUGCCAAACCUCGAGCUCGGCCCACGACGACACCUGAAAGUAAUCAAAGUGGAAAAAUACAGCAGGUGGCAGGACAUCUCUAUGAUGCGAAUGAAGAUAAUAUCGGAUACUAUAGAGUCAGAUAUUCGCCACCAUUACACGCACGUUUUCUGUUUUGAUGUCGAUCAGGUUUUUACUUGGAGAUUUGGUCCCGAGGCUCUUGGAGAUUCUGUCGCUCUGCUUCAUGCUUAUUACUAUCACCUUCCAAAAAGGAUGUUUACCUACGAUCGCAACCCAAAGUCCAAGGCGUACAUGGAAACAGGAGAUUUUUACUAUCAUGCUGCCGUCUUUGGAGGCACCUGGGAGAACGUAAAGUCCUUGACUGACUCCUGCUACAAAGACAUCAUGGAGGACAAACUAAAUAAUGUGGAGGCUCUGUGGCAUGAUGAGAGUCAUCUAAACAAAUACUUUUGGCUACACAAACCAAGCAGGAUUCUUUCUCCAGAGUACUGCUGGGACAACAAAAUCGGAUACAGAAGUGACAUACAGGUGUUCAGACUGAUCUGGGCACCAAAACACUAUGAGAAACUGCGCACAUCCUAGAAUGAUGGGAUCAUAUGUGGAGAACUGUGCAAAAUUAGUUUGAAUAAUAUGAAAAUCUAAAAAUGUUCUUUGGUCCAUUUUAUGUGCUUUACAAAUCAUUUAAGUUCAUGAAAAGAAAUAUAACACAGAUG